UACCGGAAGCGGUCGUGUUACUUUCUGUCGUUAGACUCAGAUAAACUCGAUCAAACUACACUUCUGCUUCAACAGCCGAUGAAAAACGACGGAACGAUACCAUUCGAAGCUGAAUACGCUUCACUGCCCCGUACAUCGCCGCCAAACCACUGGACACACCGGCACAAAAUGGAAAGAAAUCCACAUUGCCAGAACUGAAAGUGACAGUUGGGCAUCCGGAAACAGCAUGAUAUCUUGAAUCAGAUGGCUGUCCAUUUUUGACUGACUUUACAAACAGCACUUUGAGCCACAACAUAUUUCAUCCUGUGUUUGUGAUGAAAGACACGGUAUCUUUACCGGAUCCUGUUCCUUUUGUCUGCAACACACAUUACUAUUCAAACUCUUUCACACCCCUCCCACCCUUCCUGUGCCUGGGCCAUGCUUCGCAAGAAAGGUUCAGCAGUUAUUUGCGGUGUUGUCCUGUUUAUCAUCUGGAACGCGGUAUUGGUUCAUCUGCUGUGGAGCAGACCACCUGCAGACACCGGCCUCGAUGACAGGGACCCGGGUGAGGGGGCUUUUAGUGAAGUGGUUGGAGAUUUGCUCCGCAUGGCAAAUGCAUUUGAGUCUGAGCUUGAAAUGCAGAAAAAAAUUCUUCUCCAGAUCAAGAACUACCAGUCACUGGUGGGACCAUCGUUUUACAAAAGAGGAAAGAUUGUUUUCCCACCGUCGCCAGUUAUACCCAUUCUGGUCAUUGCCUGCAACAGGGUCACUGUACGACGUUGUUUGGACAAACUCUUGCUGCAUCGACCUUCGGCUGAACUUCACCCAAUUAUUGUAAGCCAGGACUGUGGACAUGCGCAGACAGCAGAGGUUAUCGGCUCAUAUGGAAAUCAAGUCAUUCAUCUGAAACAGCCAGACCUGUCCGACAUUGCUGUGCGACGGGAGCAUAAGAAGUUUCAAGGCUACUAUAAGAUCUCAAGGCAUUACCGCUGGGCCCUGAAUCAAGUGUUCAAGAACUUUUCUUAUAGCUCUGUCGUGAUCGUUGAGGAUGAUCUGGAGGUGGCGCCAGACUUCUUUGAGUAUUUCACAGCAGUUCUUCCUCUGUUGAAAUCAGACCCCAGUCUUUGGUGUGCUUCGGCCUGGAAUGACAAUGGCAGAGAUGGUUUUGUGGAUCCGGGUAGGGCAGACCUGCUCUACCGGACCGACUUCUUUCCAGGACUAGGCUGGAUGCUCCUUAAAGAAGUGUGGGAGGAGCUUGAGCCCAAGUGGCCUGCCUCCUUCUGGGACGACUGGAUGCGCCAGCCAGAGCAACGGCGUGACCGUGCCUGUAUCCGCCCCGAAAUCUCACGGACAAUUACCUUUGGCCGCCAAGGUGUAAGCCUGGGUCAGUUUUAUGAUAGAUACUUGCGUUACAUUAAGCUUAACACUCAGUUUGUGCCUUUCACCAAGAUCGAUCUCAGUUACUUGAAAAAGGAAAAGUACACUGAAAGCUUUGAGAAAGAAGUUUACAGUGCGCCGUUGGUAACAUAUGAAGAAGUUAAGAAUGGGAAGCUUCAAGGUCCAGGGCCUUUUCGCCUUCAAUAUUCAUCUAAGGACAGUUUCAAAGUGCUUGCUAAAAAUCUUGGAGUCAUGGAUGACCUGAAAUCUGGGGUUCCGCGGGCUGGAUACAGAGGGAUUGUCAGUGUUUUUUUGAGAGGGCAGAGAAUAUUUAUCGCCCCUCCUCCUGGAUGGAGCGGAUAUGAUCCCAACUGGAGCUAAGGAAAAAAGAAAACUGAGCCACAGUCCCAUUUUAAUUCCUGUUAGCAGUUGAUAAAUAUUUCAACACCAAAGACAGAUGACAAGAAAUGUUUAGAUAUACAUGUUUUUUUUUUUUAUUGUACCUAACUUGGGGUUUUUCCAGCACCACUCAGGUCUUACUGUGAUCUAAAAAAACACAUCUGAUGUAGAGCAAUAAUUUUGUCAAGAAAAACUGCUGAAACUGACCAGAUCUAUUUUCAUAAAAGUCUAUGAAGCUCAAUAUAUAUAUAUGUAAGUAUGUAUGUAUGUAUGUAUGUUAGCAAGAUGAGGUGCAGUGUGUGUCCAGUACUAAUGUGAUAAGUGGUCUGUGGUGUUCUGACAAUCUUUGUUUCAUGAUGUGUAAAUGGGAUCUGCCUAAAUAUGCCUUAAUGGUGACUAAUUUUGUUCCAUUGAUUCCUUUCUGUUGAAUGUUCCGGGUAAUUAUCUCGUCUGUGUCGUAUUGUGACUUACAGCAUUUUUGAUUGUACUUUUGGGAAUAAAAAAACAUGUCAAGUUCACACACAAGUCUGAUUACACACCACUGCUACAUAAGACAUGUUUAAUACUGCAUAAAAUGGUCCCUUUUUUAUCGAUCAUUUCGAUGCUAACUUCAUUUAUUUGGAUUGGUAACCCAAAGGCUCAAGGAUUCAGACACAAAAUGCAAGUUUCCUCAUCAAAAUACAUUGCAUUUUAGGUGACCAUUUAGCACUGCCUUGCUGCUGAGAAAGAAUCUUGCCCUAGCCGCCCAUUGAGAAUAUCUUUGAGAUGUAUUUUGGGCUGUAGUUUUCUCACAAAUUCAGCUUUGGUUCACUAUAAUAUGUGAGUGUCAGCAGCAGAGGUGCGUCGUGCGCUACGUUUUUGAGACAAAUAUGUUCCUGUGUUGACUUCACAGAAAAACAAUACAUAAGGUGGUGUGAAACCACAAACGCACAAACUUUAGUGUAGACCACUGAUAUGAU